UUCCGCUUGUCCGGUCGCCUGGGAAACCGCUUACUUCCGGUCGCGCAGCUGUGGGCCGGGCGAGAUGGCUGAGGAGAGGCAGCCCAAGAGAACUCAGUUUCCUGCAUCUGCUGAAUCUCAAAAACCCCACCUGAAAAAAGCUCCAGAGUUUCCGAUUUUGGAGAAGCAGAAUUGGUUGAUACAUCUCCACUAUAUCCGGAAGGAUUAUGAAGCAUGCAAGGCUGUUAUCAAAGAACAGCUUCAGGAGACCCAGGGGCUAUGUGAAUAUGCUAUCUAUGUCCAAGCACUGAUAUUUCGCCUGGAAGGAAAUAUCCAAGAAUCCCUAGAACUCUUUCAGACAUGUGCUGUUCUCAGCCCACAGAGUGCCGAUAACCUCAAGCAGGUGGCCAGGUCUUUAUUUCUUUUGGGGAAACAUAAAGCUGCCACUGAAGUAUAUAAUGAAGCAGCUAAACUUAACCAGGAAGACUGGGAGAUCUAUCAUAACCUAGGAGUUUGCUACAUUUAUCUGAAACAGUUCAACAAGGCACAAGACCAAUUGCACCAUGCCCUACAUCUUAAUAGGCAUGAUCUGACUUACAUAAUGCUGGGGAAGAUUCACUUGCUGGCGGGAGACUUGGACAAGGCCAUCGAAAUCUACAAGAAAGCUGUGGAGUUCUCACCAGAAAAUACAGAACUUCUUACAACUUUAGGAUUACUCUACUUACAGGUUGGCAUUUACCAGAAGGCAUUUGAACACCUCGGAAAUGCUCUAACUUAUGACCCUGUCAACUACAAGGCCAUCUUGGCAGCAGGCAGCAUGAUGCAGACCCAUGGAGACUUUGAUGUUGCCCUCACCAAAUACAGAGUUAUAGCUUCUGCUGUUCCAGAAAGUCCUCCACUUUGGAAUAACAUUGGAAUGUGUUUCUUUGGCAAGAAGAAAUAUGUAGCAGCUAUCAGCUGCCUGAAACGAGCCAACUACUUGGCACCCUUUGAUUGGAAGAUUCUCUAUAAUCUGGGCCUCGUUCACUUGACCAUGCAGCAGUAUGCAUCAGCUUUCCAUUUUCUCAGUGCAGCUAUCAACUUCCAGCCAAAGAUGGGGGAACUGUACAUGCUCUUGGCGGUGGCUUUGACCAAUCUGGAAGAUACAGAGAAUGCCAAGAGAGCUUAUGCCGAAGCAGUCCGCCUGGAUAAGUAUAACCCUUUAGUCAACUUGAACUAUGCUGUGCUGCUCUACAACCAGGGUGAGAAGAGGGACGCCCUGGCCCAGUAUCAGGAGAUGGAGAAGAAAGUCAACCUACUCAAGGACAGUAGCUCUUUAGAAUAUGACUCUGAGAUGGUGGAGAUGGCUCAGAAGUUGGGAGCUGCUCUCCAGGUUGGGGAGGCACUGGUCUGGACAAAACCAGUUAAAGACCCCAAAUCAAAGCAACGGACAACUUCAACCAGCAAAGCUGCCAGUUUCCAGCAGCCUCUGGGCUCUAAUCAAGCUCUAGGACAGGCAAUGUCUUCAGCGGCUGCAUACAGCAAGCUACCCUCAGCUGCAAAGAUAUACCACAGUCCCAGUGAUGCCAGAAAACAUGGGGUUUCUUAAAAUUUAACAGUGAAAAUAAUGAUUUCUUUGGGAAUUCUGGAACAAGAAUUCAAGUCACCAUCUCUUCCUCUGGAGCUGGAGCCCGUGUGGAAGCAUGUCCAACUGAAGCACCAGCACAAAUAAGAGAAAAAUAGGAAUAGGAUGACCCCAGAGUAGGGGUUUCUCUGGUGAUAAUGUACCAGAUUAAGAAAGGUUACAUAACACAGGUAGAGUGGAGGCCAGCACGUUCCUUGGGCACCAGAGAACACAGCAUAUGUUGUGGUGAUCAUGUGGAGCCUGAGGCUUCUGCAAUCCCCCACUGGUCCCCAUCAUCUCACCCAGGAAAUAGAGAGAAGCCAGCCAGACAGGUCCUUUAAGAAUUGAAAGCAAGGCUUAUGGUUCUAGGUAUUUAGUUCCAAGAGCCAGCAAGGUACAUGACUGUUUGCUUUAAAAAAAAAAAAUUAUAUGUUAUUUUAAAAUUUUUUAUUGAAAAAAAGGUUUUAAUUUUUUAUUGAUUUCAGAGAGAGAUAAAAACAUCAAUGAUGAGAGAUAAUCAUUGAUCAGCUGCCUCCUGCAUGUCCCCUACUAGGGAUCGAGCCCAAAACCUAGGAUAUGCCCUGACCAGGAACUGAACCAUAACCUCCUGGUUCAUGGGUUGACGUUCAACAACUGAGCCACACCAGCUGGCUUUGAAAGAACUUUAGUCUCCUGGCUGGCUGACCCCUUCCUUUGUGGGGAGGAAGUUGGAAACACCUUUGCUCCAUACUCUGGCCAUUACAAAGCCUUGGCUUAGCUAAGGUGAUCCUCAGGUUGUGGGGCAUGUCAGCCCCAAGGCAAACACAAAUCUUGCAUUUAUAAUUUAGCUCUAAUAGUCUUAAUUUAAAAGAAAAAAAAAGAUGAAAAAAGCUCUGUAAAUUUAAGCUGAGCCUGUCAAGUAUCCUAGUUACACUUGCCCAAGGGACUCCAGAACAGUCCCUAUAGCUUGUUCUUGAGAGAGGUCAGAGUAUAGAGUCAGAUCUUGUCAGCAUGAUAAGAAGUAAGAGGGAAGGACUGCUCUGGUUAUCAGCACCAAGGAUUUAAAAAGAAGGGGAAGAACUUUAUUUUUAAAAUUUUAUUUCUUGAUUGAUUUUGAGAGAGAGAGAGAGAAAUAGAUAUCAAAACAUUGAUUUGUUGUUCCACUUAUUUAUGCAUUCAUUGGUUGAUUCUUGUAUGUACCCUGACUGGGAGUCAAACCUGCAACCUUGGUGUAUCGGGACUAUGCUCUAACCAACUGAGCUACCUGGCCAGGGCAGAAGAACUUCUUCACCAAAGAAUUUUAAGAUAAUCAGUGAUACCACUGAUGAGAUGCUAUCAAUACGUUAUCUAUAUGUCGUUUUUAGAAUAAAGACUGUGUGUCAUCAUCCCUUUGGGGAAAGUUGUUAUUCAGGUAUAAAAAUGAGAGAUCAUAAUAAAAACUUUUGAAAGAA